ACGACUGUCAUUGAGAAACAUGGCCGCCUCCACGGGUGCUGCAAAUGUUGCUGCCUCCGACUUACAAGGUCCAGCUUCGGCUGGGCCGAGUCCGGACAGCCCGACGGUCCAGUACAGUAUGAUCCUGGACCACCUUAUCGGGGACAAGAGGCCCGUAAAGGACCUGAACCCGGCCGUUAUGGGGGGGCUGCCGGUGCCUGCGAAAAGCGACGAGCAGAAGAUGAUCGAGAGGGGAAUGGAGAGCUGCGCCUUCAAGUCUGUUCUGGCCUGUGUGGGAGGCUUCGUUCUCGGAGGGGCCUUCGGUGUCUUCACAGCUGGCAUCGAUACCAAUGUUGGCUUCGACCCCAAAGACCCCCUGAGAACUCCAACAGCACGAGAGGUCCUCAAAGACAUGGGCCAGAGGGGGAUGUCCUACGCCAAGAACUUUGCCAUCGUGGGCGCCAUGUUCUCCUGUACAGAGUGCAUCAUAGAAUCACACCGAGGCGUAUCUGACUGGAAGAACGCAGUGUACAGCGGCUGUGUAACUGGAGGAGCAAUUGGAUUUCGUGCUGGUCUGAAGGCGGGGGUCCUGGGGUGUGGAGGCUUUGCUGCAUUCUCCGCUGCCAUUGAAUAUUAUUUGCGGUGAGCCACGAGAGAGUGGCUCUGUGGACAAGAACGUAAUCGAUGCACAUCUGGAAGAGCCGUGAAGACUCACGCUGUGAGAAAUCUGACUUUGUGAAUAUUUACCUGCACAUGGAGGAUUGCUGCAAAAGCAGAACAGAUGUAUUUGGAGGAAGUGACAGGUUCCUGUUCGUGAACUGAAACAGACCUGUCUGUAUUUUCUUCCUUUGUCUCAUUACUUUUGUGUUGUGGACAGUUUGAGCAAAGCAAACCGCCUUCAUGUGGAGACUGAAGAAACUCAGCAGAGUGAGUGCUCUUCUGUGUAACGAUGAGAUGAGAAUCACUGUCGCUCUGAGUCAGGACCACCUCGCAUCAGACUCAGAUUAACACUGUUCUUGUUGUAGAACAUUGGUAUGAUGUGUCAGUAACUAAUCCACGUCAGGAUUAUUUAUAUUAAAGAUGUUUUUUUUGUUAAUUUGAACAUUCAGAACCUUUUUCUUGAUAAAGUUUACAUGUGUCCAUGACCACAACAUUGUUUAUCGCUUAUUAAUUACAGUAUUGAUUCCAGGGCUGCACGAUACGCAAAAACAAAUCAUUAUAUUUUGGCAGAUUUUGCAAUUUCAGUUGGAACAUUUUACCUUUUAUUAAAGUUUUUUUCUUGCAGCUCCUGUGAUUUGGAGAUUCGGUUAUAUUUUCAUUAAUCGUGCAGUCCUGAUUGAUUCUAGUUUGAAUCUAAGUAUAAUGAAUAUAAUUUGUCUUUAUUCUAGUCAGAAAUGAUUUUUCUUUUGUCAUUCACGUUUCACACAAAGUCUACAGAGUAAAAGUGUCGUGUCUCCACCAGCAGAGGCUGCUGUCCACACAUUUAUCAUGUUGUCAUGAAUUAUAUGUUCAACCCAAACAAAAUCACACAUGUAGUUCCAAGUCACUGGCCAUUUAAAUUUUAAAGUAGUAUGUUGCUUUUCGGCAGGACGACUAGGUUUGACAAAUAAAUAGCUCAGAAUAUUAAUUAUAACAGUUAUUAUAAUUGGUAUAAACUAAGCAAACAACACAAAUAUUGAUAUCAGAAACACUGAAAAAAAUGAAUUGAUUGAUCGAUAAAUUGCACUGGCCUGUUUUAAAGUAUCAAGUAUGUGACACAAGCUUCCUGUUGGUCAUAUUGUCAGUGAAGAGUUUGACUGAUGUGGUCUGUGUCAGGGGAGGUUUGGUGCUGAUUAUAAAAUCAUCUGUAAAAAAAAAAAAAAAAAAAAGAAUAAAUGUGUGAACACUAUGUCUUACCACUAGAGGUCCUCCCACUUCCACAUUACAGUCAGACCAAUCUGAAGUUGAGUCUCUAAUUCUAAAUAAAAAAAUGGCAACUUCAGUAAUAAACAUUUCUUAAAAUGAAAA